AUGGUAAAAUAUACGGACACAGAACUGGUCGACUCUUUCCAAUCAUCAACCUGGGUAACGAAUGAGGAUGAAGUUUCUGGUACACGUUUCACGAGGCUGAUGGAUGGCUUUCGAAGGCAUGAAGUUGUAAUACCAGAGGGUGUUGAUUUGUCUAAAAUGGACGAAUACGAACGUAAUAAUUUUAUUUUGGCACAUCAGCCUUUCAGAAAAACUCUUUCUCAGAGACAUUUAACGAUGAUAUCGAUAGGUGGCACGCUAGGAACAGGUCUAUUCAUAGGUAUCGGUGGAUCUCUUACUGAGGGUCCUGGAGCGUUGUUGCUGGGGUUUGCCAUUGUAGGUUUAUCUAUUUUCUGUGUUAUUCAGUCGGCCGCAGAGUUGUCUUGUCAGUAUCCUGUGUCAGGGUCUUUUGCGACACAUGUAUCGCGUUUUUUGGAACCUUCUAUUGGGUUUACGGUUUCUAAUGCGUAUGCAUUGUCGUGGUUGAUCUCAUUUCCAAAUGAACUAACUGGGUUGGCUAUGACGAUGCGACAUUGGAACACUUCGGUGAAUCCUUCAGUAUGGGUAACUAUCUUCUACGUUAUUGUCAUUGCACUUAAUUUAUUCGCUGUCCGUGGUUUUGCUGAAGCUGAGUUUUGGCUCUCCAUUGUCAAAAUACUUGCUAUUAUAGUGUUUCUCGUCAUCGGUAUCGUCAUAAUAUGCGGCGGUGGUCCAGGAAACGAAAAUGGUUAUUUGGGAGCAAAGUACUGGCAUGAUCCUGGCUCUUUUAAGAAGCCUUACUUCAACAGUUUAUGUAAUACAUUUAUUUCCGCAGCUUUUACUUUUGGUGGUGCAGAAUUGGUCAUACUUACGGCGAGUGAGUCACGCAAAGUAGAGUCAAUUUCCAGAGCUGCAAAGGGUACCUUCUGGAGAAUAGCAAUUUUCUACAUUUCAACAGUUGCAAUCAUUGGCUGCUUAGUUCCGUACACUGAUGAGAGGUUAAAUGGUAAUAAUUCCAAUGAUGUCGCUACGUCGCCAUUUGUGCUUGCAUUGUCGGGAACUAGCGCGUUUAGUAGAAACAUCGGUCAUUUCAUGAAUGCGAUUAUAUUGGUUGCGGUGAUAUCAGUCGCCAAUUCUUCGGUCUAUGCGGCUUCCCGUGUCAUGCAAUCCUUAGGCGCUUGCGGUCAAUUGCCCUCUAUUUUUGCUUAUGUUGAUAAACGCGGUAGACCGUUAGUGGGAAUACUGGUCUCUGCAUUAUUUGGGUUACUUGCUUUCCUAGUGAAUGUGUCUAAUGUAACCAACGUUUUCAACUGGUUGUUUGCUCUUUGUUCCAUCUCAUCGUUCUUCACCUGGUGGUGCAUCUGUGUUUCUCAACUAAGAUUUAGAAAAGCAUUGAAGGCGCAAGGUCUCUCUACCGAUGACAUUGCCUUCAAGUCGAUGAUGGGCAUUUGGUCUGGUAUCUUGGGAACUAUUUUGAAUACAAUCCUAAUUGUCGGUGAGGUAUAUGUGUCGGUGAAGGAUGGAGAUGCUAAAACAUUCUUCCAAAACUGUUUAUCGAUACCAUUGAUGAUAUGCGCAUAUGUGAUACACAAAUUUUACAAGCGUAACAAGCAAAUCUAUAUUCCUGCUGAGAGAAUAGAUUUGAGUUUAGGACAGAGUCCUAGAGAUGUAGAAUUGAUGAAACAUGAGAACACUUUAAGAAAGACGAAGAUUGCAUCUAGUCCAUGGUACUACAGGACUUACAGGUUCUGGUGCUGA